CGCUGACCUGAUGCAGCUCAUAACAGACCACCAGGCGCACCGGCAGUCCUGUCUCUGCUGACUCAGUGCCUUACCAGCAGUCACUUCGCCCCGCAAUACCGCAUCCAGCAACCGACGCAGCCUCCUCCGCCCAACCGGCACCACCACCGAAGAAAUGGCUAAGACCGCAAUUGCAUACAAAGAGAAGAUGAAGGAGAUCUCCGUUCUCUCAUUCAUCUGCUCUUGUCUGUACCCGGAGACCCACAAAAACAUCAUGGGGGACUUCGAAGACAUGGACAUCAAGCCGAUUAACAAGCGAGCCUCAGGCCAGGCCUUCGAGGUCAUCCUGAAGCCGACCUCCCCCGUGUCUGAUGCUGCCCACUGCGUCACCACCCCCCCAAAGAGGGACGUUUCCCUGGAGGACAUCCAGAAGAAACUGGAGGCAGCCGAGGAACGGAGGAGAUCCCAGGAGGCCCAGGUGCUCCGGGCCCUGGCCGAGAAGCGCGACCACGAGCGCGACGUGCUGCUGAAGGCCAUGGAGGAGAACAGCGCCUUCAGCCGCAUGGCCGAGGAGAAGCUCCAGGUGAAGAUGGAGCACAUCGAGGAGAACCGGCAGGCUUACCUGGCGGCCAUAAUGGAGCGCCUGCAGGAGAGGGAGAGGCAUGCCCAGGAGGUGCGCCGGAACAAGGAGUUGAGAGAAGAAAUUACAGCGUGAGAAGCCCCAACAGGAUCUACACCCCCCCCCACCCCCCCCAACUCCAACCCCAACCACCACCCCGACCUUGAGGAACACCCCCCGUCCCCACCCUUAUCCCCACAUAUCCCCACCUUCUCCGCCCCUCCGCCAUACUCCCCCCAUACUACUAUGAAACUACCGCAGCCCGAGACGCCACCCCGACACAGUGGGAGGUUCAAAUGGGGGGUGGGGGAGGAAAGAAAACAGCAAAAACAUGAUUUAGGCAAAACAAAAUUAAUAUGUCCCACCCACAAUAUUUUAGCCCCGUUUCAAUUGAGAAGAAAAAAAUCAAAUUGAGAAGUGACAGUGGGUAUUGGUUUUUGUAAAUACUUCUUUUUUUGUUAUAUACAGUACGAUACAAGCAGCAAAAGUAUUGCAGUGUGCCAUUUUUUUCUAUAUAGGUUUCCUCUCUCCUGCUUGAAAAUGGAUGUAAUUAUUUGUUCAUUGUAAGCUUUUGUUUUGUUCAUUUCAGCCCGAGAAUGGCUUCGGGCGUAGGUGUUUGUUGUGAGUUUGCCAGCUAGCCGAUGUUUGCCGCGACCCGCUUGCGUCCUCGCGAGACCCCACCCCCCCCGCUUCCAAUCCCUUGUCCCCGUGGAUGGGCCCUGGCUCGUUUGACCCGGCAGAUCUUUAAAAAAAAAAAGAAAAAAAGAGAGAGAAUUGGAUCUGUGCUUGGUUGGAGUGAUUUUCCACCCAGUUUUCAUGCCAAUUAGCGAGGGACAUGGGCGGGAGGUCCGCCAGAGGGAACGUGGGGGGGGGCGGUUCGCUUUGUCCGGGGACUGCAGGUAGUCGCUGCACAUCUACUCCUGUGAGGUAGAUGGUGAUUGUACCACAGGAGAACACUAUAGCAUUUAAUGAGCCCAUCCUCUUCCCCCUCCCCCUCCGUCUGCAACCUCCUCAUCUCUCCACAUGAGUACAUACUGUAGAAGCGCUCACUCACACGCUCUGCCACAUGGGCGGGCCUUUAGCCAAUCACAGCACAGAGCUCAAGAGGAGCUCGCUCGAUUCUGUCCAUCUGGCCGUGGAACGCUCACCAAAACAUUCUUCUCCAACAACAACUCGCGGGCCUCUUAUAUUCUUCAGAAGCAAGCUUCCAAUCACAAGUUACUGCAUUUACUAUACAACACUACUGAGGUUAGACGUGUUACUGUGAAUCUUGAGCUGGAGAAGUUACAAAUAAAUGGCAUCUUUCUCCAUUUCAUAGAGGCUAGAGUAGUGCCCAAAACGCCAUCAGCUCCUGCUGUAAUCAUCACACUUCACUCCAAGACACUGUCAACGCCACCGUCGGCACAAGAAAGAUACUUAAGCCAUAACAGGUAUAGCUGCAACAAUGAUCAAAAACAACAAGUAUUGCCGUCUGUGAAGGUGUUCAGGAGUGUAUUAAAGGAAUGCCGGUCACACUCGCACGGCAAGCCAAUAGGUGUGUGUGUGAGUGUGUGGGUGUGUUUUGCGGAUAUGGCAGGUAGAUAACAGAAUGUUUGUGCCAUAUGAUAUUGACCCGGUGAUGUAAAAUCGAUGCCAUUACAGUGUGUAACAUCACAGACAGUAACAUCACAUCCUACCUGCCUCUCUCUUUCUCUCCUCUGUCCAUUUGUGUGUAUCCCUCCUCUCCACGUAUAUCUUUGUGAGCAAGCAGUUAAUAAAGAUUUGGGGUUCAGUGAAUGAAA